CAUACUUGGACUGAUUGAGUCUGAUUCACGCAGUUCACCGCUACUUUUAACUGGUUUCUAAAGCAAUACCACAUCAGUUCCUACUUGAAUAAGAAGUCAAUCUUUUACGAAGCAUAUAUAGACAUCAUUGUUAAUAAAACUGCAAACAAACAACAAAGAUACAAGCAAUGAGCAAUAAAACUGGCCAGAAUAGAGGGAAAUCAACUUCGAUGGGGAAAUUUGAUAGUGCAGAAUAUGUGGUUCUCUUAGGAGAUGUUGGUUCAGGAAAAUCUACAUUGGUCGAGAAACUUACCGGGGAGAAGGGAAGGAGUUCUGACUGCAGUACUAGUUGCACGAAGACAUCUGAAGCUGUUUGUGUUCCAGAUGGCAGCCUCAUCAUAUCUGAUACACCUGGAAGCAACCCAAUGGAUGAGGAAUUGGAGCACAAUGUUUGGAUAGCAACAGCAUUCAACUACAAACCAGUCUCAAGGCUGUUUAUUGUGGUUAAAGCUGAGAAUCGCAAGGACAAUGUUAUCCGUAACAUAAGCGAAUACGCAAAUCGUUUCCUGGAACCCGCCGAGAUGGACGUAUUGGGAGUCCUCGUUACACACAUGGAUACGGUGAAAUGGACGGAGGAAGAGUUUAAGCACGACGUAGAAAGAAAACUCGGUAUCGACACAGUUGUCUUCUCAGGUAUGGACACCCAGGGAGACACGUUGCUGAGCAACGUCCUGAAGACCUGCACGAAGAAACACAACCUGACGGUUGAUGACGAGAAUUUUUUCAAAUUUUUCAAACUUCACAGCAACCACAGGGAAAUUCUUCGCUCUACUAGAGAAGAAGUUGAGCAAUUUUCUGCUAUGAAGCAAAAUUUUGAUGAAGCUAGGAAGAGUUACACUGGCAAGGAUCUUGUUGAUCUUGUCUUUGAAUUUCAAGCAUACAUGACUGACCAAAUAGUUCAGGCCCAGCAGAGGUUAUCUGAGAAGAAUAAGUUUACCUUUUACGGCGAUGGUGCGGCAGACGAAGCAAGUCAUGUUGCGAACUUGGCGAAUCAACUUCGAAUGAUACUGUACGAUAUCAGAGUAGAAUGUGUUGGGUAUCAAAGCCAGCAUGGUGUGUCCCAGCUGCGCAAGUGUCCACACUGUGGUUUGAUUUGGACCAAGGUAGAAGGCUGUGAUGGUGCUACAACCUGUGGAAACCGCCCCAGCUCCGUCAACGACAUCAGAGAUUCGGCGUUUUCUGUUCUGGCGACUUUCAGCUUUGAAUGGAUCAAAAACAAGUUUAGCAUUAUCAAGCGUGGAUCAAAGAACGUGAAAUCUGAAAAAAGUUCCUCGUCCAAUUUCGCUGGCUGUGGCAAAACAAUCGACUGGAGUGGUAUGGCUACCGUUGCAGUCCCAGAUGAGUUCAGUGAGACUGUGAAAGUUUGCACAAAUGAUAUAAAAAUGCUUCCCCCUUCUGCAUCUGGUUUCCGAAAACAACUGGCUAACCGGUUACAAACAUGUGAAGUGGCGAUGAAACAAUCGAGCGAGCGGAACAUUUCAUGUUAAAGAAUACUGAAGCAGUUUUAUUUUGUAUUGUAUAUACGAAAUCUGUUCUUAGUUGUCUUGAUAUUUUUGGGAUUUGUUCAUAUUCUCACAACAUCAUAACGUCUUUUGUUGUGUUUUACCUUCGAUUAUUGGCUUUACAUGAUAUCGAAAGUGGAGUAGUGUCCCACAAACUACUUGGGUCUAAAUUGUUUUGUUGUAUUUGAAUGCUUUUCGAACUUUUAAUUAAUAAUAAGCAACAUCUAACAUUUUAACUUGUAGUUUAGCGAUUUUGACUUGAAAUAAAUCUAUAUUUUUGGAACAAAUCAGUAACAUCAAGGAUUGACGCCUGUCCGCAUUCCAAAAGCUCACUCACACUCAAACUCAUUGAGCAUGCAAGCGAUCUUAAUCUUCUCACAGGGUUUCCAUACAUGUAUUUGCAGUCGAAUAAAAACUUGAU